AGGUGUCAGUCCUCAGUGUGCGCGCAGCCGCCAGCGCAGACGCACGCGCUGGCAGACCGUGCGAUGUCGUAGCCCCCAUGGUGUACCCCGAGGCGUCCCGCUGGGGAGCGCCCGACUCGCUAGCGCCCCUCUACGAUGACGUCUACCGAGCGGACGGAGUUCUCUCGACGGUGAACGUAGUAGAGGCGCUGCAAGAGUUCUGGCAGGUGAAGGCGUCGAGAAAUGGCGGUGCGGGCAGUGGCGGCAGCGGCGCGCUUGUUAUUUAUGAGUCCGUGCCCGCCGCGCACCCACCAUACGUCUGCUAUGUCACGCUACCAGGCGGCGCUUGCUUCGGUAGCUUUCAGAAUUGUCCCACAAAAGCUGAGGCGAGGCGGAGUGCGGCUAAAAUUGCCCUAAUGAACAGCGUGUUUAACGAACACGAAUCGCGUCGCAUAUCGGAGCACUUCAUCGAAAAAGCGGUGGCAGAGGCGCGGGCGUCGUUUGCUGGGGACGCUGCGUCCCACCAAGAUCCUAGCGCUGGAAUAGCUGCUUUUAGAUUUAUGCUGGAAGCAAACAAGGGUCGCACGAUGCUGGAAUUUCAGGAAUUGAUGACAGUGUUCCAGCUUUUGCAUUGGAACGGAUCGCUGAGAGCGAUGCGUGAGCGACAGUGUUCGAGGCAAGAGGUUGUCGCGCAUUAUUCAGCGCGGGCGCUGGACGACGCUAUGCGCGAGCAGAUGGCGCGUGAAUGGGCUUCGAGAGAGAGGGAAGCGGCCGCAACGGGCGGCGGCGUGUUACGAAGUGAGCUCGCGCGCGCGGAACGCGAACUCCGCGCAGCGAGGCUCGCGGCUCGCGAACUCCGCUUCCCUAAAGAGAAACGCGAUAUCCUUCUAUUGGCUGCACGUCUCGCUCCGCCGCAACAGCAACAGUGAUCUCACCGCGCGACUCUAUUUGUUAUUUAAGUAUAGUUAUAUAGUGUAAGAA